AUGGUGUCGAUUCUGCGACUGUAUCUGGCGCACGUGUUAAUACCACUGCUCAUCGCCAGUACAGCCAAAAUGCGACUUGUGGUGUCCACGGGUGAAGUGAUCUUGUGCGUCUGUGCGCUCGCUCUCGCGCUCUACCUGUCGCCCUUUUUCAUUGAUGAAGUGAACGCCAAUGCUUCCAACGCCUGGGAGUUUCUUCUCGUAUGGGACGACGAGGAGAACUUCCUGGAGAACAAGGUGAUCCGAAGCGGCUUGAAUGUAACAAACCUCUACGCUAUGUUCACAAUGACCAAGAUCAACGUGUACGAGCCAUUCGGGUGGAUACUCAAGGCAAUCCAAGUGCAGGUAGUGGGGCUUGACUCCUGGUGGAUUCGAAUUGUGUCGACUGCGCUGCAUUUCGUAGCUGCGGCGGUGUUGGCACGAACCUCCGCACAACUACUCAACAUUAUGGCGCUGCUUUCGGACAUCAAAGCAAGAAUUUCAGUAGAUAAGGUGACGGGGCUGCGGCGAGAGAGAAAUCGCUGGUAUGGCUGUUGUAUCAGCGCCAUGAUAUUCGCCAUUCAUCCGAUUCACGUGGAGGUCAUCGCAUGGCCGUCCGCGCAGCCUUACACACUGUGCGCGCUAUUGAGUAGCCUGACGUUGUAUGUCUACGUCCAAGCACUGUAUCGGAGGCUAUGCAAAGUCCACAAUGGAAAGGUAAAUGCCAUUGCUAAGCUGAUGAAGAGUGUGUUCGUCGGAGGUGGGCAGAGUGAUCUGCUCUGUUGUGUUACGUUGGUGUCCAACUACAACGGAAUGCACCCGGACACCGACUUGUUCUCGCUCACACUUAGUGAACGAGUGUUGAAGGCGACAACGAUGCCAGCGUGGGUUCUACGUCGGAUCCUGUGGCCAGCGAAGCUGCGACCGCAUUAUCAACUUCGUCCAGGAGUUUUAAGCCUGACCAACUCGGACUACUUGCUGUCUCUCUCGGUGUCAAUGGCUCUAGUUUUAUUCACGAUCUGGCUGUUCCGACAUCGUCAAGCACCGCAACAUCUGCUUGCUCUGGCAUAUUUUGCCAUCAUGGUGCUACCGGUCUCAGGCCUCAUUCAGCAUGGCAUGGUGUCUGCUGGAUGUGAUCGCUACGCCUACUUUUGUAGCAUUGUCUUUGUUCCUUACGGUGGAUCCUUGUUGGCGCAGCUUUUUGGUGAUCAGGAGGAGAACGUCAAGGAUCAAGAACCCGAGAACAGUCAAACGCAGCGCAAACACGAGCAUACAACAAUUGGCAUUAGCGCCGUGUUUCUUCUCGGAUAG